GGGCCAGAUGGCACCAAAGAAUUCAAUUUUAAGGAGUCACACAAUGAGUGAGAAUUUCUUUUGUUUUCAGGAUUGUGGUGCAUUCACGGGAAGUCAGUUUUAACAGCUUUCAGUAAAAUAAACGCAAGUGCGUAACCUAAAAGAAUGCCCGAGUAAAAUUAAUAAUAUACCUAAAACGACAGACUUGAUCGUCAGUAUUAGUGGGGUUUUUUUUGGCAGCCUGGGGUUUCAGUUGCAGCGUUGACAGGGUUAAUCGUCCCCAUAUGGUGCAGCAGGAGGUUCGGUCCACGGCUGCUGUGGGCCGAGCAGAAGGAGAGGACGGCGGGGAGGACUCUCACCUGUUCCUGCUCCCUUCACUCAGUCACACACACACAGACUCCCGCGGACUCACACAUCUGCUGAUGGAGGCGCUUAUUCACGCCUAAACUUUUCAGCAAAAAGGAGGCGUUCACGGACCAGCGGGGAGAACUGAUCGACUUUUUGUUCUGGAGUGGAUUUAUCCAACAGUCGGGAGCAGCGCGGAGGGAGAUUUCACCACAGUCCGACUGAGGGGCUUGGAACACGGGGGAAUGCCGCGCUAACAUCCGGCCAGUUCCUGUAUCUCACAGCCCGAACCGGUGCCGGGAAAAGUCCCCAAAUCCAAGAUUUAGAUCUCUGUGGGCUACCUGCAUGACUGUUGCCAUGACAACACCUGGAGUCCACCUCUUGCUUUUGGCCUUGUGUGUUUACCAAGGCUCAGGCCUGCUGCAGUCUGCGCCGAGGGUCCGCCUCUCAUUCAAAGAGCUGAUGGAUACUCGGGCAGCGCGGCCCUUCAGCUUCUCCUUCAACACCAGCGACUACAGAAUCCUGCACAUGGAUCAGGAUCAGGGCCGGCUGUAUCUGGGGAGCAGGGAGUACCUGGUGGCUCUGGACAUGCACAAUGUCAACAAGGAGCCUUUGAUAGCUUCCACAUUGCAGAUCCAUUGGCCGGCGUCAGCCAAGCGAAAGGGAGAAUGUCAGAUGACAGGAAAGGGAAAGCAGGGUGAAUGUGCCAACUUCGUACGUCUGAUCGAGCCGUGGAACCGCACCCACCUUUACACCUGUGGGACCGGGGCAUACCAACCCAUCUGCACAUUCAUCAACCGGGGCUGGAGGGCAGAGGAUUACCUGUUCAGGCUGGUCCCCGGGUAUGUGGACUCAGGGAAAGGAAAGUGUUCCUACGAUCCCAAGCAGGAGAGCACUGCUGUUCUUAUCAACGGUAACUUGUACGCCGGGGUGCACAUCGACUUCAUGAGCACAGACGCCGCCGUGUUCAGGACGAUGGGGGGCCGCACGGCCAUCAGGACGGAGCAGUACGACUCCAGGUGGCUCAACGAGCCGGUGUUUGUUCAGAUCCAGCAGAUCCCUGACAGUGCAGAAAGGAAUGACGACAAGCUCUACUUCUUCUUUCGGGAGAAGAGUUUAGACUCCAGCGGCGGCUCCAGCCCGAGUGUGCUCGCUCGGGUGGGAAGAGUGUGUCUGAAUGAUGAAGGAGGACAGAAGUCCCUAGUGAACCGCUGGACGACGUUUCUCAAAGCUCGCCUUAUCUGCUCCGUGAUAGGAGAAGACGGAGUGGAAACACGGUUCGACGAACUACGUGAGGCACCAGAAAUAAUCUUAUGGAUUGUGCGGCACCAGGUCUUUGACUCGUGUGCCGUUUGUCUUGCAGGGGAUGUUUUUAUCCAGCCGACACAGGAUGAGCGAAACCCAACGGUGUACGCACUCUUCACCACAGCAGGCUCUGUGUUCAAGGGCUCUGCUGUCUGCGUGUACUCCAUGGCCGACAUCCGAAACGUCUUCAACGGGCCCUUCGCCCACAAGCACGGACAUAACUAUCAAUGGACCGAGUACACCGGCAAGAUUCCCUACCCUCGGCCUGGGACGUGUCCAGGAGGAACGUUCACUCCGGGGCUGCGCUCCUCCAAGAACUUCUCGGAUGAAGCAGUGAAUUUCAUCCGUGCCCAUCCCCUCAUGUACCACCCGGUGUAUCCCAUCCACCGUCGCCCCCUGGUGGUCAGGACGGGAGUUGACUACCGCUUCACCGCUCUGGUGGUGGACCAGGUAGACGCGGUGGACGGGCGGUACGAGGUGCUCUUCCUGGGCACAGAUCGAGGCACCGUUCAGAAAGUGAUCGUUUUGCCCAAAGACCCCACCAGCAUGGAGGAACUGACCCUGGAGGAGGUGGAAGUGUUCCGGAGCAAUGCUCCAGUCAAAACCAUGAAGAUUUCCUCCAAAAGGCAACAGCUGUACGUGUCGUCCGACGCCGGGCUGACCCAGGUCUCCCUGCACCGCUGCGGCGUGUAUGGCCGAGCCUGCUCCGACUGCUGCCUGGCACGAGACCCCUACUGCGCCUGGGAUGGUGAAAGCUGCUCCGCCUUCACUCCCUCCACCAAGAGGAGGAGCAGGAGACAGGACGUGAAACAUGGCGACCCCUUGAGGCAGUGCAGAGGAUUUAACGCCAAAGUGGAGAAGCGCCUGAGGGAGACGGUGCAGUUUGGGGUGGAGGGCAGCAGCACCUUUUUGGAGUGUCAGCCUCGGUCUCCUCAGGCCACCGUCAAGUGGCUUUUCCAGAGGGAAGGACGGAGGAAAGUGCUGAACCGAGGCGGAGGCGUCCUGAAGACCAAUCACGGCAUCCUGCUCAAGUCCCUGAACCAGUCGGACUCGGGACUCUACCACUGCCUCGCCACGGAGAACAACUUCAAACACACCGUGGCUCGCGUGGCUCUGCGCAUCCUGGACAGAGACAUCGUCUUGGCUCUCACCGGCCAGGACGAGGACGAGGAGCUCAAGUCUCACCAGGUCCGACCUCCUCCGCAGUCGCUGGCCUCCACACCUUUCCCGCCUGAGAUCCGGUUAAUAAAUCAGUACUGCCAGUCGUACUGGGAGCAGCUCAACCCCAAACAACAGCAGCAGCAGCGUAAGCGCACCAGCCGCAGACACACAGAGAGUCAGGACCAGGGCCUGGGCUAGACCUCCAAGGCUCCUGGACUUUACGGUGGACUUCAAUGUUUGACUUACAUGUGUGUGUGUUCCCUCCAUCCACGCGGUCGGUGACGUGCUACAUCAGUGGUUUUGCCUGGUUACAUUCAGUGCUGUGUAGAGUUCCAUCACUCAGGCCACAUUCCAAACCUGUUUCUUGCUCACUCUUUUGAAACGUUGAAGCUUUCAGGGGUCUAUUUGACUAGUAAACACAUGUAAGGGAAGUAACUAUCAUAAACAAUCCUAAUGAGAGUUUUACAAGUAAGAUGCAGCUGUAGACCAAUAUCAAUAUAAACCAGUUAUUUUAGUAAACAAAAAAAAUAAAUCCAACUGUUUCAACUUAAAUAUACUACAGGACUUUAAAAAAAAUACAUUAUUUAUCUCAUUAUCUUCAUUUAUCUCUCUAAAUAUGCUUCUAGUUAACACGUUAAAUAGCCAUCUGCUCAUAAACUGGGUCAAAGGUCAAACUCACUGCUGGAAAAAAAAAUGGCUGCAGGGUUAAGUCCAAGCUUAUAAAUAAUUCAACCAACGGGGGUUGAUUUGAAUAAAAGCAUACACGGUGUUAUCAAAUACAUGAUGGAUAAACACUCGCUUGUGUUGUGUACUUCACCGUUGUUAGUCGUCUGCACUGCAGAGAGGCAAUUUCUUUUUCCCCCUGAAUCUUCAGCACAGAUGAAUCAUCCAGACUUGAUCCUUGUGAAACAGGAGGCGAGUGAGAUACUAACAUGGGAAACCACGUUUAUGGUCCUUCUGAGUAUAUAAAAGAGAAAUGUAAUAUAUUAAUUGUGAAUAUAAUAUAUGAGCGUUUGUGUUGUGUUGUCAGGAGAUGUCAGUGUUGCAUGCUUGUAUCUGUUUUCAUUUCCAAUCUGGUGGUAUAUUGCAGCCCGUGAGGUGGAAUGUUUUCUAUUAAGCUAACGCCGUCGGAUGUUGACAUCUGAUGACCCCUCCUGUAACACAGUUCGUAAGUGUUGACCUUGUUUGACCUUCAGUCUUCUUCCAGUUAUGCACUUUUUGUUUUGGUGGUGGUUCUUUGUCGAGGGGAGCGAUGGUGGGAUGGGAUGUUUGCACAUUUUUCUAAAUGUACCAGUUGUUGGGGGAGAAAAUAGCUCAUCUGCUGUGUUUACUGAUAUUUGGAGCAUAGUCCAGUUCAUCUUUAUUUUGAGCGUGUGGAAAAAAAAUCCAUCCUUUAAUAGGUCUAUUUAUGUGCUAGCAAUUUUUUUUUGCAUUGCUGUCUGCUGUAUGGUCAAGCUAAGCUAGGUGUGUGUGUUUUUCUUUCGUUGAUGUGACAAGAUCCGCGAAAAGAUGAAGCAAAAUCUGCUAUGAAAACAGUUGAGUGUCCUGCCACUGACAAGGCAGCGAGGAAGUGUUGAAACGUCCAGAUUACAGGCCUCUUUGAGCUACUUUAUAUCUCUCGUUCAAAUUUAUUUUUAAGUUUCCUCAUCUUAGAUGAACAAGAACACUGUCGUAUAUGACUUCUGAAUCAGAAUUGACGUGCAAAAUAUGCCUGCUGAAUGUUUAAAUAGUCAAUAAAGAUCCAUGUUUUUAC